AUGGAGACUUUUGAAUUAAAUAAAAUGAUUAAAGAAAAUGAUGAUUUAAAUAAAUGUUAUGAUUUUAACAAAAAUGAAAAUAAUUCUUAUAAAUCAUUAAAUAUGUUACAUAGAAAUAUGUACAAUACUAGUGGUGUGCAUCAUUUUAAUAAUAAUCUUAAUAAAGACAUUGCAAAUAUUCAAAAUGAAGUUAAAAAAAAGUACAACUUAAAAAAGGAUGUAAUCUUAACUUCAGAUGAUGAUGUUGACGAAGAAAAUUCUAGUUGCACAGAAUGCUUGUCAGAUGAAGAUAAUUCUUAUUAUUCAUUGAAUGAAGGGUAUAAAACUAACUAUAUAAUGGAAUCCUUGUUUGAUAAAAAUGCAUUUGUUUAUUUUAUGGUUCCAUUCAACAAAUAUAAUUAUACUAAUUAUUACACUAACUGGAACAAAAUAAGUUUUAGAAUAUAUGCUUCAUUGAAUUCAGUAACUGAAAAGAAAUUUAAAAAAAGAAAAACAGAUAAUACGAAUAAUAAUUUUAAUAAUCCACUAAUAUCAAUUUUGAAUAAUUUUUUGUAUUUUUUAUUAUUAAGUGAAUUUCUAAGUUUUAAUGAAAUAUUUAAAUUAAUGCCUUUAUGUAAGUCUUCUUACAAAAUUUUCAAUAAAUUUUUUUAUAUUAAUGUUAAUAUUAAUCCUUUUAAGCAAAAUAUUAAAGAUAUUAUCAAUUUUCUAAAAGAAAAUAAAGAAUAUCAAUUUAAUAUUUUAAAAAAAAAAAAUUACGUAAUCAAAAAUAAAGAUAAUUUUUAUGACGAGAACGAAAUAUUAAAUGAUAAUAAAACGGAUACUAACGAUGGUGUUGAAUUAUAUGAAAAUAGUAACUGUGGUAAUAAAGAAACAGAAUCACUGAAUAAAAGAAAUACCAGCUUAAAUGUAUUUUAUGAUAAUAAUAAUAUAAUAAAUAAUAGUAAAGAUGUUUUAAAUAAUGAUAAAGUAGAAAAAAAUACUCAAUAUUAUAAAGAAUGUAACUCAGGAGAAAAUAUAAAUUAUGUGAAGAAAAAUUCAUCUAACAAAGUUUUUUUUACUAACAACAUUAUAAAUAUGAGACAUUUAUUUUGUUUAUAUGAAUUUAUGAGAGUUUAUUUAAGUAAAUACAAUAGAGAAAAAGUUUAUUAUUGUAUUUCUGAUCAAAAGUUUAAGUAUGAUAUAAAUAAAGCCAAUAUUUUUUUUAAAGAUAUAUUUCCAUAUGGUAAUAAAAUAUCUUCUUUUGAAUAUAAAGUGAAAUUAAAAAAACAUAUACAGAGAAGAUGGAAUUUGAAAGGAAAUUACUUACAUGAAAAUUAUUUUCAUCAUAAGUCUAAUCAAUCAAAUGAAUUGGGAAUAUUAAAAUUAAUUGAAAAUGAACAAAGUCAAAUAUAUCCAUCUUUUACAACUUUAGUAACAUUAGAUAAAUUUGGUUGUAUUAAUAUGUGGAAAAUCAAUGAUGUAAAUUCUCUUAUGCCUACCUUCUUAUUUAAAUCACAGUUAUUGAUGCAAGAUAAAAAAACUAUUAAUGCAACAGAUGCAGUUAAUAUAAAAUCAGAUAAUUUUUUAAUAUCAGAUAGUUCUUCUUUAUAUCAUUUUUCUUUAGAAAAUAAGAGUGAAAUUGAAUUGAAAUCAGUAUGCAAUUUAUCAAUACAUAAUGAUAUGGAAAAAAAUAUUAAAAAUAUGAUUAUAACUGACAAUAAUAAAUGUUGUAUUGGUUUAAAUAAGGCAAUAUGUUAUAGGAUAGAUUUAGAAAGAGGAGAAGUAGAAAAUUGUAAAAACUUAAAUGAAGAUUUACAAAAAAUAAAUUGCUUUGAUACAAAUACCAACAUUGUUUUAAGCAAAAAACAUAUAUUAAUUGAUGAUAAAAGGUUGCCAAAUUAUGUUUGUUAUGUAAAUUAUAAUUUGAUAGAUUAUGAAAAUGACAAAAAAUAUUAUAACAGUGAUAAUUUUUUUUAUGAUUGUAAUUUAACUGGUAUAUCAUUAACUUCAUUGAAUUCUAACAACUCUAUUUAUUUAUUCGAUUUAAGAUAUAAAUAUCCUUCAACUUGCUUAUAUUAUGAAAAUGUGGUUACAGAAACAUUUAGUUUAACAAAAAGUGAUAAGCUUAAAUAUUUAAAUGAUUUAAAAACAAAUUAUAAUUCAAGAUAUUAUAUAAAUAACAAAAAGUAUAGUGGUUAUCAUGAUAAUAUUAUUUUAUAUCCAUAUUUUACUGAUAAAAUAGAAAAGACAAAUAUACUUCAAAAAAAUUAUGUAAGAAAUAAAAUAUUAUCAGAUGAAUCGUUUAUUUAUACCAUCAUAAAAGAAAAAAAAAAAGAAUUAGAUAAUCUUCCUUUUUCAUACUUACACAUGUGGAGGUGGUGUGAUAAAAGACAAUUUAAAACGUUCUUUCAUUAUUAUAACAAUUUUAAUUGUAAGAGAAAUUCAGAUCAGAUAAAUUGUUAUUAUAAAAACUUAAUAUUUGAUUCAAUAUAUAAAUUAGAUGAUGCACCAAAUCACCUUUUCAUAACUUAUGAGAAUUCUAAUUAUAUUCAUUCAUUAUUACCACCUUCUUAUGGUUUACAUAUAAAAAGCUCAUUAAAAGAAGUUCCUUUUCAUAUGCAUCCAACAAAUCUUUAA